UUCAGCAAAAUUGGAGGGGGGGCCAAGGAAGGCUAUAAAAAAAUACCUUGCUUCAGCCAAUCAGCAGAAGCCAAAAACAGCUGUUAAAAGGAGCUGGAUGCUUGGAAGAGCAACUAUAGCGCAAUUUAAUAAAGGAGGAGAGAUUAAUACACACAUAAAUAUAUAUAUAUCACAUACACACAUUUUCUCUCUCUCUCUCUUGCGCUCUUUCAAACUCAAAAAGUUCCCAAGGAUUCUUAGACAGACGCGAAGAAAAGAGAAAACGCCAACUGGAAUUGACAUUGAUUUUUUUGUGGUUUCUUUUCUUUCUUUUUUCCUCUUCCACCGGCUUUUCAUUCAAGCUCCUUUAUUCAGAAGGAAGGAAGCCCCCUUUUUGAAGAGAGAGGUAUAUUUAUAUAUUUGUAUUUCUUUAAAAAUUUGGAACAAAAGGAAAGGAAAACCUCAGCUCCAUCCUGUUGCACAGGCUUCCAGAUCGCUGCCGGGUUUUUUUGUUUUAAAAAAGAGUGUGUAUGCGCUGAAAAGAAGACAGCUCAAAAAGACUUGGCAUUGAGGUGGGGAAAGAGAGAGAGAGAGAGAGAAACCCCACAAUUCUGGAAAAGGGACUUCUUGAUGGUCCAUUUUAAAGAAAUUUAAAUAGGCAGUGAGGGACUUCAUGCUGGGGUGUUUGAGGUGGUGACGAGGUGGAUUUCAAAACCCAAAGGAGAGUGGAUGAUGCUCCUUGCUUAGGUGCUGUGAGCCACAGAUAAGACAGAAGGAGUGAGCUCAAUUGCCUCUGUUUACUGCCCACAUCCUUUGUGUGCAUCAGCUGAGUUGUUGAUUUGUUUUUGUUUUUAUUUUUUGCUAAUCUCAGGGGCUCCUCUUUUUCCUUAAAAGAAUCUUCGUUCUCCCUCAAAGAUCACCAAGCUUUUUUAAAAAAAAAAAAAUUUGUUGCCCUUUCUCCCCGCAAGGUUACUUUUAGCAAAACAAAACAAAAUGUUCCAAAUGUUUCUUCUUUGGUUUAUCACCUGCUGCCACCUGGUCCUCGCUGUGGACGAACGGGCCCGUUUCGGCCAGUAUCAAGAAGAAAUAAUUUUCCCCGAGAGACUCAAUGCCACAUUCCAUCUUGUGGGUUGGGAUGAGAGUGGCAUGCUAGGCAACGGCCUGGAUAGCAGCGGCAGCUCAGAUGAGCGGCUCUCCUACCGCCUUCGCGUGUUCGGUGAAGAACUGCUCUUAAAUUUAGAGAAAGACCCUAGCUUCGUCGCAGAGGGCUUGACGGUCCAGUAUUUGGGACGGUCGGCACAAGCAGUGGACGGCUUGGCCGAGCAAGGGACCUACUUCACUGGCACGGUGAACUCUGAUCCGGAAUCGAUUGUGGCGGUCAAUUACGAUGGGGCGUCGCUGCUGGGAGUGCUUCAGUACCGUGGCACUGAGUACCACAUGCAGCCCCUGGAAGGGGGAGCCCCAAACACGGCAGGAGGAGCUGGCGCCCACGUGGUGAGGAAGAAGAUGCCAGAGAAAACGGACAGGCCAAUGUGUGGCGUCGGGUCCCAGGCGCCCGAGAGCGCGACAGCCCCUGCAGGCAAACCAUUGCCCAAGGACGAAGCAUCUCCCAGAAGAGCAAAGCGGUUUGCUUCCAUCCCACGCUAUGUGGAGACUCUGGUGGUGGCUGACGAAGAGAUGGCACAUUUCCACGGCGCAGGCCUCAAGCGUUACCUCCUCACCAUCAUGGCAGCCGCCGCCAAGUUCUUCCGACACCCCAGCCUGAAGAAUCCAGUCAACUUAGUUGUGACCAGGCUGGUUGUGAUUGGACAAUCCGAGGAUGGGUUGCGGGUGUCUUCCAAUGCUGCUGAGACGCUGCGGAAUUUCUGCACGUGGCAGAAAGGCCUCAACAAGGAGAGUGACGAGGACCCUGAGCAUUUCGACACGGCCAUUCUUUUCACCAGGGAGAAUCUUUGCGGGCGCUCUAGCUGUGGCACUCUGGGCAUGGCGGAUGUGGGCACUGUGUGUGACCCAGAACGCAGCUGCUCCAUCGUGGAGGACGACGGGCUCCAGUCUGCUUUCACCGCAGCGCAUGAGCUUGGCCAUGUCUUCAACAUGCUCCAUGAUGAUGACAAGCACUGCAGAGAGAUGAACCGCCACUCAAACUCGCGCCACAUGAUGGCCUCCAUCAUGUCACCCGUGGACCCCGAAGAGAUGUGGUCCCCUUGCAGUGCCCGCUUCAUCACUGACUUCCUAGACAACGACCACGGCCGCUGCCUCUUAGACAAACCACGCGAACCCCUGCACCUCCCAGCUGCCUUCCCUGGUAGUGAUUACGACGUGGACCAGCAGUGCCAGCUGAGCUUUGGGCCCGACUCGCGCCACUGCCCCAGCAUGCGUCCCCCUUGUUCCUCAUUGUGGUGCACGGGGCAGAUCAACGGGCAAUACAUGUGCCAGACGAAAUACUUCCCCUGGGCCGACGGGACACCUUGCGGUGAAGGCAAGAGUUGCAUGAGCGGCCAGUGCAUCAGCAAAGUCGACUUGAAGGCGUACAAUAUUCCCACCCAUGGUGGCUGGGGACGUUGGGGCCCGUGGGGCGACUGCUCCCGCAGCUGUGGAGGGGGAGUGCAUUACUCCACCCGCGAGUGCAACAAGCCUGUCCCACGCAAUGGUGGCAAGUACUGCGAGGGGAAACGCACCCAGUACCGCUCCUGCAACGUCCAGAAUUGCCACGAUGGGAACGCACUGACCUACCGGGAACAGCAGUGUGCUGUCUACAAUCACCGCACGGACAUGUUCAAGGACUACCCUGCCCCCAUGGACUGGGUGCCCCGCUACAGCGGUGUGGCUGAGCGUGAUCAGUGCAAGUUGACCUGCCAAUCCCAUGCCCUGGGCUACUACUAUGUCCUGGAACCGAAGGUGGCUGAUGGAACACCUUGCUCCCCCGACUCCACUUCAGUCUGUGUCCAGGGGCGCUGCGUCCACGCUGGUUGCGAUCGUGUCAUUGGCUCGAAGAAGAAGUUUGACAAAUGCAUGGCAUGUGGAGGGGACAACUCUGGAUGCACCAAGAUCUAUGGUUCUUUCACCAACCCUCAGUACGGUUACAACGAUGUGGUUAUCAUCCCGGCGGGAGCCACCAACAUCCUGAUCCGCCAGAGCAGCGGUCCAUCAUCCUCCAGCGACGGGAUCUACCUGGCUCUCCGCCGGCGGGACAGCACUUACGCCCUCAACGGCAACUACAUCCUGGCACCUUCUGAGCAGGACGUUCACCUGCCAGGCGGGGUGAACCUGCGCUACAGCGGGGCCACCAAGGCCAUGGAGACGAUCGUGGGGCGUGGGCCCCUGAAAGAACCGCUUACCUUGCAAGCCUUGGUGGUGACCGACCAGAAGACCCCCCGCCUCAAGUACACCUUCUUCGUCCCCAAGGCUCCAAAGAGGUUGUCGAGCCAGUGGCUGAAGCAGAAGGCUCGCAUCUUGGAGGUCCUAAGGAACCGGAGAGGCCGCAAAUAGACAUGCGCACCUCUCGCGGAGAGGUGGUUCCUGGCCAGGCCUCCUGACUUGCUCUGGCCCCUGCAACCCACAAUGGAGGCAGGCGUCUGCGUGCGGAGGGGGCUCAAAAGGCACGUCUUCUUAAUGUUGCUUUCCCGAAGAUGUCCAAACUGCACCAAACCUUCCCCACCAACCCCACAAACAAGAGACCCUAAGCAGCAAAAGCUGUUAGCAAAAAAGCAGGUACAGUACCAGGUUUUGGUCCCUGCUCGAUGGCUCAGGGACCUUCCAGGACCUUCCUCUGCAGCGUGUCGUGGACUCUCUUUCUUGGCUCAGCCUGGACAUUUGAAGACUCAGGACACAAACCAAGUUGUGGGGGAAAGGGGCAAGCACCCAGAGGCUUAAGGCCUUGUGUGCCUGAAAGGGCUUGACCUCAAGUGUGGGUUUGUCAAGCCAAGCUGUUUCCUCCUCCCUGGGAGGGAUCUGAUAAGUUAUGGGGCGAGGGUCAGCCGGGCUACAAAAUGGCAUCCAGGGUGGGGAGGAGGAGAUGAAGAAAAGCCUCUUGCUGUUUUCUUUUGAGGGGGGAAUGAGCGACAGGGAGAAGCAACGGAGCUAACUGAAGAGAACAGGCAUCAAUUCUGCAAAAACAACAUCUGGCUUAGCCGAGGCCGUCAACGGGCCUAUUCUCCAUUGUGCUUGUUCCCUCAAUUUUUUUUUUUAUUCCUGUCCGCUCGUGUACUGUAUUUAUUAUCCUUUUUAUUUAUUCACUACUCUGGAUGCAUAAAGAGUAUUACAGGCAUCCCCAAACUUCGGCCCUCCAGAUGUUUUGGACUACAAUUCCCAUCAUCCCUGACCACUGGUCCUGUUAGCUAGGGAUCAUGGGGGUUGUAGGCCAAAACAUCUGGAGGGCCGCAGUUUGGGGAUGCCUGGAGUAUUCAUUGUGGGGAGGGUUUAUAUAUAUAUAUUUGUUGUUGUUGCUGCUGCUGCUGCUGUUUUUUUAAAAAACAAAACAAAGGAGGCAGCAAUGUUCCUCAGCCUCACCAAAACUUGGCAAGUUUACACCACACGUUUUUCUGGGGGAGCCAGAAAAUGUGCUCGAAUCAGCGGCGUCUACCUCAGCCUCUUAGCGCCUCCUUCUUCCCCCACUCUCUGCUCUCAAAUGGGCUUUUUUUUUUUUUGGCCCACCCCACAGCUGUCUCUGGCUUUGGACAGACUCUUCUGCCAGGACAGGCGAGCCUCUCUUAUUUUUUUGGCAGCACGUGCCUUUCUCCUUUUUCUUGCGGCAAUGACAAGGCACCAGAGAAAUUACAGGCCUUGGUUUGGGGGGGAAAGCCGUUCCCGUAGUGGUCAGGCUCUCGGGGCUUUUUCCCCAUAGCAGGCCGACCUCAGACAGACCUCCCUUCUUAUAUCUUGUCAAGGGAGGGGUGAAGGGACCAGGCCUUUGUGCCUCUCUCACUGUUGCGGCCUGCAGAAGAGGCCUCGGUGAAGAAUUCCCUCCCCUCAGCCCAGAAAAUAAUGUUGUGUCUGGGCUGGUUCCCAAUUAUCACAGGUUGCGAGGGGAGCUGACGGCCCUAACAUUAUGGGCUAGGAGGCACUGCCGAGUGAGUAGCAAGGGAAUAAGCAGUAGCUUAGCAUGAGGAGGCCGUUAAAAGGGAAUUAUUUUUCCCAACGUAAAAAAAAAAGUGAGGGGAAGCAGGUGAUUUCAUUGAGGUGGCAGGGAGAGAGAAGGCCACAUCCAAUGCCUGUCAUAGAGCAAACCCAGUGGAAUCAAUGGUUCGGACUCGCUUAGGUCCACAAAUUUCAGUGGGGCUACUCUGAGUAAAAGUCAGUUGGCCAUCGUCCCUAGACGCUGACGUUCAAUUCUUCUAAAAUGAGAGCAGGGGUUAGCGGUUGCAGCGGUGAAGUAGGGCGAAGGUGGGAAACAAUGGGACUCCACCAGCUCUGAGAUGCGAAAGGAUGCCAAGCCAGGGUCUUCCCAUUGUCUCUCCCCUCCCCAAACACCUGAGGAGUAGAAGCACAUGGGCCAAGAGGCAGCAAAAGGGAACAAGAAACUCAUUCUGCACAUUGCUGUGCCAGAAGCACCAGCCCUUACAACAGGGGUAGGGAACAUUGGGCCCCCCAGAUGCUCUUGAACUGCAAUUCCCAUCAUCUCUGGCCAUUGGCCCUGCUUGCUGGGGCUGAUGGGAGUUGUAGUUGAGCAACAUGAGCUAUGCCCAUACCGAGGCUAAGUUUCCCCCUGGAGGGGGUGAAUUCUAUUUAAAACCUCUGUAGAACCAGAGGGACCCCCCCAAAACAACCCCCCAGUUUUGUCAGUGAUGGCCCUUUCCCUCAACCACAGGGACUGACACUGAUAGUAAAUAAUUUAAUUAAACUAUAAAUUAUAAAUCAAUGAGAAUAGCAGCAAAAGCCUUAACUGGCCCCGGGGCAAGUCCCCAGGGGUCAUGAGGUUGGGUUUUAUAUUCGUUUUGUAUAGAACAGUGUGUUUGAUCUUAAUAACUAUUGUUGGGGAUCUGGGGUUAUUUUGUUCGUUUUGAAAUAAUAAAAUCUCCGCCAGGUUAUUUAAUGCUAUUUAUAAACCCGGUGUCUUGGUGUGACUCUUUUGGUGGGUGCUGUUAUACUGCUACCCCUGGUAUUUAGCAGUGGCUUUGGAGAAAGAAUUAAGAGGGGGUGAGGAACCUCAGGCCCAGUGGCCAAAUGCAACUUUCCAGAUCUUUCUAGCUGGGUCCUGGGAACUCUCCCCAAGCCACUCCCCCUUCUCUAGGCCACGCCCCUGCCCACCGCCCAAACUCAG